GGGGGUAAUUUGGGAAAUCCAAUAAAUUUGCACAGGGACAAAUAGGUAACUCUGAGUCGAAUUUAUUCAUUAUUCAGGAAAUUUGCACAGGGACAAAGGGGUAACUCAGAAUCAAUAAUAAGUUGUAAUCGGACGGUCAAUACAGGAUAUUUUAUCCCAUCGACGGUCCUGAAUAGACGAGAAGCCGUGUAGGGGUUUCUCAUCCAUCAUUCAACCCUAGUAAAUGGAUUUAUUUAUAAACUCUCCCAUUCUUGAAAAAUCCUUCGCUUUAUAAUCACUUCUAUUUCAUCAAUCUUGUUUUUUCCUUUCAUUUUUUACUCCCCCCCCCCCUCUCUCUUUCUCAGUCAUAUUAUGGAUGAUGAAACUAUAAAAAAAUAGCUGCGUUUUCUCAUUUCUUGAUAUUUCUUGUUCUUCUGGUGGAUUGUGAAACUUAAAGAUCGGAUAAAGAGCUUUCGAAUUCCAACCCUAGACAGAUGAAAUGAGUUAAAGAGAAGGAGAGAGAAGGUUAAAGAGUGAUCUGAAUAGGGUUUGUACCAUAAGAAAGGAACGAAAGGAUGUCAUCGACCAAUUCUCCAUGCGCAGCUUGCAAAUUCUUACGCAGAAAAUGCACCCAAGAGUGUGAUUUCGCUCCCUAUUUUCCGCCGGAUCAGCCGCAGAAAUUUGUCAAUGUCCACAGAGUCUUCGGCCGCAGCAAUGUGGCGAAACUCCUCAACGAACUCAAUGCUGCUCAACGGGAAGAUGCAGUGAAUUCCCUUGCCUAUGAGGCUGAGUAUCGCCUUCGAGACCCAGUCUAUGGGUGUGUUGGCCUUAUUUCAUUACUUCAACAUAAGAUGAAGCAAGUUCAGGAUGAUUUGUUGAACGCUAAAAAGGAAUUAAGUACCUACAUUGGUCCAUCAGCAAUGCUACCGAUUAAUCUUCAACCUCCAGGGUUUAUUCAACAGCAUCAUAUGAAUGCUCCCUCUUCUAGUACCAUGGAGCCUUUCAAUAUGAACCCAAUGUCAGGAAUGCAAACAGGUGUUCCACAUGGUGGUCAAUUGAUGAUUCGUGAUCCACAGCAGCAACAGCAGUCAAUGGAAGCUCAACAAUUUAUAGCAGCCAUGGCUGCAAGGGAACAAAGGGAGCAACAGGAGAUGCUUAGGAAUUAUGAGCAGCAACAGCAGCAGCAACAACAACAACAGCCUUCUCAACAACAAGAUGUUGUCAGGUUUAACAGUGGGUUCGAUUCUACGGACUCGGUUACAGCUACUGGAUUUCAUCAAAUGAGUUCACCCAUAUCACCUUCGUUGGUUCUGGCGGGAACUUAUGAAAAUCCUUAUAAUCUGGUUCCGCCGCAGCAGACCCAACAGGAGCAUUCUCAUCCUUAUCACCAACAGAUUCAUCUUCAGCCUCAACAACAGCAGCAGCAACCGCAGCCACCAGAGACCCCAAGGCAGCAACAGAGAGCCACAAGCGAUGAGGAAGGAAGGAGUGCCGGUCCUUCAUGUUGAUGUCUUCAGUUCCAUGCUGAUUCUUUUCUACAUUUUUUAUCUUGCAAGUUGACGUGUGGGGUAUACAAGCGUACAAAGAGACAUCAGAUAGAAGAAGAGAGAUUAUGAUAUGUACAAAGAGACAUGAGAGGUAGUCGGAGAGAGGAAUGAAUAUUUUCAACUUGAACGUUAAACUUCUUAGGUAUUAUAUAUAAGGUCUUUCUUAGAUUUGUUUCCUUCUCCAAAUUUUUUUAUUGAUCAAGAUCCUUUUGAAGUUUUGAAGGUACAUGCCAUUAAUUUCUUAUAUAAAAACAGUGUUGUCUUUCUUUACCUG